UCAAAUCACAACAUAUUGUAAAAAAAAUAUGAAAAAUAUGCGUAUAUCCUAUUUUCAUACCUUGCUUAACAGCUCCACUAUUUAUUUAAAAAAUGGCUUUUUUCUUUUUUGUAUGUGGGUAGGUGGGUACAUUUUUCCUUUCUUUUAUUCUUUUCUUUCGUAUGUGAGUGACGGGUACAUU